GUGUUAAAUAAUUUUCAAACAUAUUUUGGAUUGUAUGUUACUACGAUCAUAUAAAGAUUAGAUAAAGGAUAUAUUUGUUUAUUUUGAAUGUUAGUCAUGAUCAUUGAUUGGCUAUAACGUAAAAGAAACGUUUUUGAAAAUAACUAAACAUAAUAAAUUUAUAAUAAAUCUAUCAUUAUCAUUUAUUUAAACAAGAUGAACAAUAUAUAUAUAUAAUUUAUAUGUAUUUUAAUUUAUAAACGUUUAUAAAGUCGAAGAAGAAUCUUUUACGUAGUUUAGCUACGACGUAAAUUAUUUUCAUUCCCGCCGAAUUGACUUAAAACAUAACCUGUGAAACAUUGCUAAUGGAAAUGAUAUUUAAUCCAUGAGGUCGUUCAUUUUGAUCUGUAAAGUUUCCAACAAAUAUCGAUGAAAAUAAAUGUCUUUCGUCUUGAUCUUCAAUUAUAAAUUUCUUUAUCAAAAGAAUUGUUUAAGUGUCUACAUAUAGAAGAAACUAUUUCAUAAUUGCGUUGUUAUAAAAAGAUAUUUAAUAAAUAUACAGUGUAAUUAUUUUGAUACAGUCUAAAGAAUGUCCAAAAGAAAAGGUCUGACUCUUGAUGAAAAACGAGCUAGAAUGCUUCAAAUAUUUUAUGAGAGGAGGGAAUUUUUCACGUUAAAAGAAUUAGAAAAGAUUGCACCUAAGGAAAAGGGUAUAGUUGCUCAAACUGUAAAAGAUGUUCUUCAAACUUUAGUAGAUGAUGGUCUAGUUAGAUCUGAUAAAAUUGGCACUUCUAUAUAUUUUUGGACAUUUCCUGGAGAGAAUAUAACUGCUGUAGAAAAUAGGAUAGCACAUGCGAGUAAAAGAAUAGUUGAAGCUGAAUUUAAGCUACAAAAAUUAAAGGAAGAAUGUAUUAAAGAGCAGACUGGUAGAGAAGAUACAGAAGAAAGGCGAAAUUUGUUACAAGAAAUACAGCAAUUAAGAGAGAAAGAAAAUGAAUUGAAAAAUCACAUUGCUAAACUUAGUGACGUAGAUCCAGAAGUAAUUGGAAAAAUGGCAGAGAGAGCACAGAUGUUCAAAGAGGUAACUAAUAUAUGGACAGACAAUAUCUUUGCCAUUCAAAGUUGGUGCAAGAGAAAAUUUGAUAUAUCAGAGCAAGAUCUCAAUAAACAAUUUAGUAUCUCUGAUGAUUUAGACUAUAAGGAGUAAAAUAUAUUAUAUUAAAAAACAAAAA